AUGGACGCAGAUGAAGUCGCCGUGGUAUUAACUGGUCUGUGUUACUUUUAAAGUUUUAUUUCGAAGUUAUAUUAGGCUAUUGUAUGUUUUAUUGACAGCUGAGAAAUGUAUGCUCCUGCUAUGUAGGCUAUUGUUUGGCUACUGGAAUGGAAAGCGCUGGUGUUCCCCUUUGGACAAGUUCUGUUUUAUUUUUUAUCAGGGUUCGGACCUUUCAGACAGUACUUAGUAAAUCCAAGUUGGCAGGCAGCUCAGGUAAUGUAACAUGUUGGGUAUCUCAAUUGAAUGUGUACAUUUAAUUCAAUACAUUUAGUUAUUGUGUAAACUAUAUAUCUUAUGUCCUGCAUUUGCAACAGGGUUUGGGGAAGGUCAGACUGGGAGAGAACAUUAAUAUCUACAUUAAAGAGGUACCAGUGAGCUACACCAAAUCACAGCAGGUCAUAGUUUAUUUUAUUUAUUUUAUUUUUAUUUUAGUCAUUUAGCAGACGCUCUUAUCCAGAGCGACUUACAUGAGCAAUUUGGGUUAAGUGCCUUUCUCAAGGGCACAUCGACAGAUCUUUCACCUAGUCGGCUCGGGGAUUAGAACCAGCGACCUUUCGGUUACUGGCACAACGCUCUUAACCACUAGUUGGCAUGUGGGAAACUGUUAACCCAAAGGUAAAUAUGCAUACCAUGAUGGAAGGGGGGUUGGGACAAGAGUGCAAUCCUCUUCUAACAGUCAAAUAACGAAAACAUGUUUUGCUUCUUUACCUGUGUCUAUACUGCUUUUCAGCCCCAUUACUGUACUCAAAUGUGAAGAUUGACUUCCUGACUUUUGUCUGUGAUUCCAAGUUUGCCAUACACCUUGGAAUAGCCCCGGGUUCCAGAGGCAUCUCUCUGGAGCAGACAGGCAAGAACCAUGGUUACAGUGAUAGAGAUGUGUGUGGCUUUUGUCCUGUCAAUCAUUGCUGUGUUGAAGGAGGACCAGACAGACUAGACUCCAUCAUAGACAUGAGGUCCCUCUCCAAGGACCUCAAACAAAUGGGUCUGGAUGUCAUCUACUCAAGGGAUGCAGGAAGGUAGGGUUCCAUAUAUCUCAGAUAUACUGUACAUUAAUAGUAAAGACAAUGAUUUGUAAGGCAUUCUCUCUUACCCAGGUACCUGUGUGAUUUUGUGUAUUACUGCUCUCUGUACCAUGGCCAUGGGAGGGCAGCCUUCAUCCACGUGCCAGCCUCAGGCAGCCUGGCCACUCCUGACAGACUGGUGCCCCUGCUGCAGACUGUCAUUCAGGCCAUGCUCAACCAGCUGGAGGCCCUACAGACAGCACAAGACCACAUGACAACUGUCUCCAAGACUCCCGAAGACCCAACCAUGGCUACCUCAGGCAUAGUGCACACAGGAGAUGACCCAUGACCGGUGUGAGUUAGAUCAUGCCGCCCUUAUUGUUACUAUUCAUACUGUAUCAAUGUGUUGUAAACAGAAAGUCAUUCUGCUAAAUAUACAAUAAUGGAAUACAGUCAGGGUAUGUUGAGAUAAGCAAUCAGUCAUGACAAAAAGUCAUCUUUCUCAUUCACGUUUUUAUUCAAAUUUUAAGAAAAAAAGAAAAAUACAAGAAAUUCUCAUAGAUACACAUUAAGAGAAUGGC